UUCUUAUGUUAUUAUCACUCCCCCGAAAACAACAUCAUGGCAUCCCUCCAAACCCAACCACGAAGCCUCUCCCGCCCGGCCCUUCCAAUGCAGACAAUAUCUGCCAAUUUCCAAUCCAAACUCCGCUUCUCUCCCGCCAUCUUCACCAGUCUCUUCUCCCCUUCCCUCGAUUCCAAAGGUAUCCAUCGGUUGGUUCCCACCGCAAAUAGGUCUGCUUGUGAUGGGUCUUCUAGGGUUAGGGCUAGAGUUGCGGCCCCCGAUUCGCAGCUUAAGGAGGACUGGCUCAGCUCUCUCUCUUCCCCUUUUCCCGAGGAGGAGUUUAGGAGAGAUUCGGGUUCGGAAUGGGUUGUCGGGAUCGAUCCUGACGUUCAUGGGGCUCUGGCUCUUUUAAAAGCCGACGGUUCGGCUCAGGUGUUUGAUACCCCCCGCCUGAAAGUUUUGGUCGGCAAAAGAGUUAGAAAACGUUUAGAUGCAAGAUCAAUCAUUCAGUUGCUGCGCAAUUUUGAUGCACCACUUGGAACUAUUGCAUUUAUAGAGCAGUCAAUUCCUUUCCCGCAGGAUGGAAAACAGGGGUGGUGGAGUGGAGGAUUUACAUAUGGCUUGUGGAUCGGGAUCUUAGUGGCAUCAGGAUUUUCUGUUGUGCCUGUGUCAUCUCGUCUCUGGAAGGAUCGGUUUAACCUCUCUCGGUCUACCCCAAAUAAGGAUGAUAGCAGAGAAGCUGCAUCUACCUUAUUUCCAUCUUUGAGUUCUCUACUAAAGAGGAAGAAGGAUCAUGGCCGGGCUGAGGCCCUUCUAAUUGCUGCAUAUGGAAAGGGCAUUAGAAGUCAGUCUGAAAAAAGAAUAUAAAGCAUUCUGAGAAGUGCCCUGUUUUCCAAAGCAGCUUCUAUGACCAAGACGCUAACAACUUGGUUUUGGACAGUGUUUUAAAAGAAGUUUGACAGGCUUUCAGGUUUGUUGGAGAUCUCCGACUCUAUCAGUUUGUGAUACUGAAGUUUGACGUGUGCAAUACACACUGUGCGGAGAUGGAAGACCCCUGAGUGGAGCCUUACACAUUGCUCAGAAAUUUGCUUCUAAUGGCAGAAUAGAUAUGGCUUCUUCAUGUCAUUAGGUUUAGAGCCUCAUUGCAUCUAUGUGCAUUGAUUUCAUUUUCCGAAAGAAAGUAUUACAUUCUUCAUUGUCAUAUUUACCCAUGUAUUCUCUGAUGCCAUAUUUAUUUUGGUAAAUAAAUGUUGGAUUUAUUCAAAUUCA